AUGCUUCUUCGCGCGAAAAAGUCGAUGAACAAAGGGUGGGGCGCGUUCCAGGAGGGCCUCAAGCGCGCGAUGGGCGACCCCGACGCGGGCGAUUCUCCGUCCUCAGAGAAGGAGUCGUCGCAGGGCGAGCAGGGCGCGAAAAAGGAUCGGGGGGAGAAGCACGGCGGCAACAACGGCGGGGGGCCGGGCGAGGGUCCGGACCCCGUGGGCCCGAACGCGUCGGGCAUCCUCGCGCUCCUCGCGCUCUUCGUCGCGGUCCGCGUCGCCAGCCACCUCAUGGAGGGCCAGCAGCGCACCGAGAUCACCUUCCAACACUUUUACAAAGACCUGCUCGCCAAGGGCAAGGUCGUGCGGCUCGAGGUCGCCAACCAGCGCCAGGUCAAGGUCUACACGUCCAGCGAGGCCGCCGACGGCGGAGCCUCCGCCCACGCCCCGGGCGGCCGCUUCACGCACUUCUUCAACAUCGGGAGCGUCGACGCGUUCGAGCGCCGCCUCGAAGAGGCCAUGGAGACCCUCGGGUACCACCCCGAGGACCAGAUCCCCGUUGCGUACACGCGCGAGACGGACUGGCUCGGCGAGCUGCUGUCGAUCGUCCCCACGCUGCUCCUGUUUGGGCUUGGGUUCUUCGCGAUGCGGCAAGCGGGGCGGUCCCUGGGGUCGUCCCUGGGGCAGAUGGGCCGCGGGGGCCGCGGGGGGCCCGGGGGCAUGUUCGGGAUGGGCAAGGCGAACAUCACGGUGUGGGACCCGAAGAGCGUGAAGGACCCGGUGACGUUUGCGCAGGUGGCCGGGUGCGACGAGGCGAAGGAGGAGAUCAUGGAGUUCGUGUCGUUCCUGAAGGACCCGGAACGGUACAAGGAGCUCGGCGCGAAGAUCCCCAAGGGUGCGCUGCUGACGGGUCCGCCGGGGACGGGCAAGACGCUGCUCGCGAAGGCGACGGCGGGCGAGGCCGGCGUUCCGUUCUUCUCGAUCUCGGGCUCGGACUUCAUGGAGAUGUUCGUCGGCGUGGGGCCGUCGCGCGUGCGCGACCUCUUCAGCCAGGCGCGACAGUCCACGCCGUCCAUCAUCUUCAUCGACGAGAUCGACGCCAUCGGGCGCGCGCGCGGCCGCAUGCGCGCCGGCGGCAACGACGAGCGCGAGUCCACGCUCAACCAGCUACUCGUGGAGAUGGACGGGUUCAACACCAAGGAGGGGAUCGUGGUGCUGGCGGGGACGAACCGCGCGGACAUCCUCGACAAGGCGCUGCUGCGGCCGGGGCGCUUCGACCGGCAGAUCGGCGUGGACCGGCCGGACGUGAAGGGGCGCGAGGCGAUCUUCCGCGUGCACUUGAAGAACGUGCGCACGGACCAGGACGCCGAGUUCUACUCGGAGCGGCUGGCGGCGCUGACGCCCGGGUUCGUGGGCGCGGACAUCGCGAACGUGUGCAACGAGGCGGCGCUCGUCGCGGCGCGGCGCGGCAAGUCGCUGGUGACCCUGGAGCACUUCGAGGCUGCGGUGGACCGCGUGAUCGGCGGGCUGGAGAAGAAGAACCGCGCGAUCUCGAAGAAGGAGCGCCGGACCGUCGCGUACCACGAGGCCGGCCACGCCGUCGUCGGGUGGUUCAUGGAGCACGCCGAGCCCCUGCUCAAGGUGUCGAUCGUGCCGCGCGGGAGCGCCGCGCUGGGCUUCGCGCAGUACCUGCCGAGCGAGGACGUGCUCAAGACGCGCGAGCAGCUCGAGGACAUGACGUGCAUGACGCUCGGGGGGCGCGCCGCGGAGGAGAUCUUGAUCGGCGCAGUGUCGACCGGCGCGCAGAACGACCUCGAGAAGGUCACGCAGAUGGCGUACGGGAUGGUGUCGGUGUACGGGUUCAGCGAGGCGGUCGGGCUGCUGAGCUUCCCGGGGCAGGAGGGGCAGCUGGACAAGCCGUACUCCCCCGAGACGGCGCAGCUCAUUGACGAGGAGGCGCGGGCGAUCGUGAACCGGUGCUACGGGCGGACGAAGGAGCUGAUCGAGAGCAAGAGGGACCUCGUCGCGAAGCUCGCCGAGGCGCUCCUGGAGAAGGAGGUCCUCUCGCUCGACGCGCUCGAGGAGAUCCUCGGCCCGCGGCCCUUCCAGCGCGCCGAGCGCGCAAACAUCGACAAGUACCGGAGUGGCUUCGCGGGCACCCCCGGCGGCGCAGCGACGCCCGGGAAGGCCGCCGAGUCCGACCGCGGGGGCGACAGCAGCAUCCCGGACCCCGCCGUCGCCGCCGUGUCCGCCGACGCGCCGCCCACGUGGCGGUGA